AGAUAUUUACCGACCGGUAACCUCAUCUUGUAAAAAAUGUCUUUAUCAAGUCUAUAGUAAAUACUCACAUCUAAUUUAUAUUAAUAACAACUCAUAUUAAAGUUAUAAAAAAUACCAUUACUGUUACCCAAAUAAAAUGUCUUCGGAAAAGAAAGAAUCUGAGGCGGUCAUAAGAAAAGCAGAAAAAAAGGACAUGAAGGCUGUGAUGGCUCUAAUAAAGGAACUAGCUGCAUUUGAAAAAUUAGAGAACCAAGUUAAAAUAGACCACACCGUUUUAGAAGAGGAUGGUUUUGGCAGUGAUGGAAGACCGUAUUUUGGUUGCUUGGUAGCAGAACUACCGGACACGGGAAUUAUCGUGGCCUAUGCUUUAUAUUUUUAUAGUUACUCUACGUGGGAAGGAAAAUCCAUAUUUCUCGAAGAUUUAUAUGUUCAACCUGACUAUAGGAUACAAGGAAUAGGAAAGAAGCUAUUUUUAGCCGUGAUGAAGACAGCUUUGGAUUCGGGAUAUAAAAGGGUAGAUUUCCACGUCCUAGCCUGGAAUCCCGCAAUUAGUUUUUACAAACGAAUGGGAGCUGUCGAUCUGUCAGAGAGUGAAGAAUGGAAACUGUUCAGAAUGGACCACUCGAGUCUAAAGGCGUUGUUCCAAUAAUUGUGAUUUUAUAGUUUUAUAAUAAAGUUAUGAUUAUUU